CAAGCGAGUCCCCGCGUGCGGAAGGUGCUGAGGCAGGGGCUGCCGUGCAAAGUGCGCGGGCUGCUGUCCUGGCCACCGCCAAAGCCAUGGCUUCCAAACUCCUGCGCGCAGUCAUCCUGGGGCCGCCUGGCUCUGGCAAGGGCACGGUAUGCGAAAGGAUCGCCCAGAACUUUGGCCUCCAGCAUCUCUCCAGCGGCCACUUGUUGCGGGAGAACCUAAAGACCAACACGGAAGUUGGUGACGUGGCAAAACAGUACCUAGAAAAAGGUCUUUUGGUUCCGGAUCAUGUGAUCACGCGCCUAAUGAUGUCAGAACUGGAGACCCGGAGUGCCCAGCACUGGCUAUUAGAUGGAUUCCCGAGGACAUUAGUGCAGGCAGAAGCCCUGGACAGAAUCUGUGAUGUGGACCUAGUAAUCAGUUUGAAUAUUCCUUUCGAGACACUUAAAGAUCGUCUGAGCCGACGGUGGAUUCACCCUUCCAGCGGGAGGGUCUAUAACCUAGACUUCAACCCACCUCAAGUGCUGGGGGUUGAUGACAUCACCGGCGAGCCUCUUGUCCAACAGGAAGAUGAUAAACCUGAAGCACUUGCUGCCCGGCUAAGACGGUACAAGGAUGCAGCAAAACCAGUCAUCGAACUGUACAAGAGCCGUGGAGUGCUCCACCAGUUUUCUGGGACGGAGACGAACAGAAUCUGGCCUUAUGUUUACACGCUCUUCUCCAACAAGAUCACACCCAUUCAAUCCAAAGAAGCCUACUGAGCCUGCCAUGGGAAAAGCCGAGAAGACAUGGUCGCCCACUCAAUCAUGCGUGUAGUCUUGGUGCCCUGGCCAGGUUAGAAGCCAGCUGAGAUAGCUUGCAGCAUCUUUUCUAGUUUGAGUGAUGAUGUAAUGAGGAAAAUCUAGUAGGUAGAAAGAGUUCAGGAAGAAGGAAACCCUCCUCUGCCUUUGAAAAGAGGCUCUGCAGGAGCAUCACGCCCUUCACAGGGAAGAGUGUAGACUGGCUUCCCACCAGUGUUGCACCUACACUCUCGGUGGGUUAACAGCCAUGUGCUGGCCAUCAGAGCCUUUUUGCAUGCAGUGGUGGGCUCUCCCGGUUUAUCCCACCUCCCACAGACGAUUAAACCACAGCACUGUAUGCCUGAGAACUUGAAGGGCUGUGGUCCUGGCUUGUCCACUGCCAUACGCUCUGACAAUUGACGCUAAUUGCACUCAGUGGUUGCUUUCCCCCAGUUUCCCCCCUGUCUCUCAGCAUCCUAGUUUCUAUUGUCUGAAUCUUCUCAUCUGCUUGCUCCCUUCUCAGGCUGUUCAGGACCGUGAUAGCUUCUGCAUUUACCCCCUCCAACUUCCUUUUUACAAACUGAGAGGUAGGUGACUGGAUUCAGUCUUUUCCUUCUCACUAGGAACUGACCCAGGCUUUCUUGGUUAAACAGCUGCUCUUUCUUGAGCGCACUGUGUACCUUUUAUUGUUUAAAAAAAGAUUCCCCCCAAGUCUUCAGGGUUCUCAAAAAACAAGGGAAAUGCUUACUUGUGGAAAUAUGGGGUGAUUGUAUCUCUCUAUAGCAGUCGUAGUAAUUGUAUGGAAAUCACUGGACUAAUGAGAUGGUUGGACUCAAGGCAAGAUGGGUAUUGAACAUGCUGCUAAAUAUUAACGCUGUCAGUGUUUUUCUUCUGUGAGUGACUAACUGGACGGCGCGAGGUCAGUAAAGGGAGCAAGCCCGAGGGCUUGGGGCGUCUUGCACUAGAUAUGCAUAGCACCUGCACUGAGUAAGACAGCUUUACUGUUUGGGGAACGCAGAAUCUUUUUGUUUGUUUUCUUCCUAUUCCAAAGAUGCAGUCUGUCGGUGGCCAUAAAGUCCAGAAAUGAAGAGACUAAUAUUUUACCAGUCAUUACGCGUCAAGAAAGCCUUUGUUCAAAGACUCUCCUGCCUGGAUUCCAGACUUGUUGGCCACCUCGUUAUAACUUUUACUCCUCUCUGGGAAGAGCAGGGAAAUGUCUUCCCACUGCCUUAAAAAGCUGUCCUGCAUCUACCUGUCCCCAGGAGGCAGUUCUUCAUUACUGGUGGUGGUUUAGUGUGACAUCUCAUAGUCCGUCUGGGGUGGGCAUGUGGGGCGGGCUUAGCACUUUAGUGGAAUGGAGACGUUAUUCCAUUCUGAAGGUGUCGUGUGGAUCCCCAGUCUGUUCACUGCCAUGCGCUCUGUGCUAACGAGUCUGUCUGUCUGUCUGCCUUCCUGGGCUGCCUGGAAUCUUGUUCCUCUCCGUCGUCCUCUCACGUGCAUGUUCUGUGGCUGCCCUGGUGGAGGUGCAGGCCAGCAUCCCCCACUCGUGCUCUCAGUGCAGAAAAAUAAGCGUCGGAAGUGCAGCAGCACGGUGCAGGUCUGUGACAGUCUGGGCAUCUUCAUGGUGCUGAAUGCUUUGGAAGCUCACAUUUGGAUGUCACUUGGCAGGGGUUGGGUGAUAAAAGCCCAGGCUUCCUGGAGGAGCAGGUCAAGAGUGAGAAACCCUGAGAUUAUUCCCAGGGACCAAGUGGAGAGUUAAAGGGAUUCAGAGUAAUUCAAGAGAGGUGGGAAAACUUCAAACUUAUUUCUCUUCCUCUUGUAGAGUCUGGGGAGAGCAAUAGGGUGUGAGCAGGUCCUUGCCUACACACUCUUGUUUCUUUAUGCAUUUCAAGCUUAAUCGACUAUGGUAGCCAGCACUGGGACACCAGGGUCAGAAGGGCAGCAAGGGGCAAAAAGAUCUUUUCCAAAGUCUUGGGUGGUUUCUUGUCUGUUGGUUAAGGUGUUUUCUGCAGCAGACUUGGCUGUUCUUUUCUAAAGGAUUUUGGAGACACAGACAUUAAUUAAUACUGAAAAUGUCUUGACAGAGGUAGAAUGGAAGGAACACCUUUUCCUUCUCAGGCCAUGGCCUUCCUUCAGGUGGAAGCCAAGAGGCCGGGUGGUCUUAACAUUUGCAGGCUCCACCCCGCUCCUCGUUAAGUUUGCUCCCCACAGUCCUCUUGCUUAGAACUUGGGAAAGAGCAUGUUUAUUCCUCCAGUAUUUAUGACAAAAAGGUGCUAUGAAGGAGGCCUUCUGAAUGAAGUGCGCACUCUCUUUAUAAGCCUUGUGGUGAAUCUUCCCAGGCACAGCCAAUGUUUCCUAUAAACAAGAGUCCAGGAUGUGAAGUCUUGCCUGGGCUCUUCAUAGGAGUAACCAGUAGAGCUAUGACUCAGUCCCAGGUUUUCCUGCUUCAGAAACUCUUGGCCUUUUACUGGAUGUUAGCUGUCUGUCUUGGCCUAAGCAACUUGGGGCUAUGAGCCUGCUUGUGGGCUCAGGGAGAGUGGCAGACAUCACUGGAGUGGCGGCAUGAGGCUAUUUCUUUUGUAUUCUCUGCCUGAGCAAAAGGGGUUGCUAAGUACAAGGCUUUAAGGCAAGGCUGGGUUUGGACCAGGUUAAUCUGCCUCAAUUCUAGGUGUCAGGAAGCCAUGAAGCUAUAUGAAGGAAAACUGGCAUCUACUGAAACAUUAAAAUUAACCAUAAAUAUUACCCCUUAUAUUUGGUGUGGCAAACUGCACAAUUCUUGCCAGAAUAAAUGCCAUCAGCUGCCUCAGGGCACUCCUCGGUUUGACCAUUCUGUAUGUGGUUGGGUGUGAGACAGGCUAAGUGAGUAAGCCAUUGCCCACGACUCCACAUGGACUCCCUCUAGUGACAGACAAUUGUAGGAAGCACAACAUCUUUCAAUAAAAGACUCUUGUUUAAAACCUUUGAAAAGAGUACUGCACCUUCUCUCUGGGAUUCGGGAAAAGGGAAGAAAAAUGGGAAACCCGGGCUUUGUGUGAACUGCAAGAAAUGGUGGGGCUCAAGGCUUCUCUAGUUUUAUGAGAACUUGUACUACUGAAUUUGCCAAUUUUGUUUUCUGAGCUGAACGGAUCUCUGGGGGACUAUGUUGAGCUGUGAUGGCGUUUCACUGUGAUCCCCCCAAGUUCAAGGCAGUCUUCAAUGCAAUGUUGGCUUAAGUCUCCCGGGAGCUGACACAUCAGCUUUCCUUCAGUGACAGUUGGUGUUCAAGAUGAUUUUGGCGUAUGUGCUUAAUCCAGAGUCUGUUCUGUACGUGCUGUCCUAACUAUUCAUUGUAUUAAUUGAUUGUUUUGUUAUCUUGCUUGAAGAUUGAUUUGUAUGGAAUUUGAUAGAAAUAAACGUUUUUCUGCUUAAUAUGCGGUGGAUUCAUUUAUUCUUGGUGUCGCUGUUUAUACCAUGUAAAGUUUCACAGGUUCUCUCAUUUGUACCACUUGGUAGUUCUCCCAUUGUCCACAGUCGUCUAUAAUUUGCAAAACGAGGCAAACAAUGAAACCUAAAUAAAGUAAUGAUGGCAAAGCAAA